AUGCUGAGAGAAUGGAUCCCCCUCCAGCACAACUACCUCCGAUCCCUGUACGCCCACUACACACCCCCGCCGCUCAACGCGGAGGGCAGCUACAUGUGCGCCGGGUGCAACAACGGUGGCGGUGUGUGGAAGUGCAUGUCCUGCAUCGGAUAUCCGAUCUUCUGCCCGACGUGCUGUCUCGCCGAGCACCGGCGAACACCAUUCCACCGGGUUGAGCAGUGGAAUGUUGGGGGAUACUGGGAACCUGCAUGGCUCCGUCAGGUUGGAGUAUCAAUCAACCUCGGGCACCGAGGAGGGGAGUGCUCCCAGCCGGCGGCUGUCUUGGACGAUGACGAGGACGGAGAAGCCAAUAGGCCGGCCAAUGCUGCCGGCGACGACGAAGCCGAGAUACCUGCAGACCCUCUGCAUCACGCCGACUCGCCACCACGGCCUCCACCAGCCAUGAUGACUAUUGUUGACACGUCCGGGGUGCACUUCCUCCCGGUGACGCCGUGCGGAUGUCCCUGGGCCGGUGACCACACGUCGCAGUUGCUGAUGCCGGGCUGUAUCCGGCGAGUCAGCGGAAGGCUCGCACUGCAAGACUACGGCUAUGAACUUCUACCAGCGGAUACGCCGGGCGACAACCCGGCUUUUCCUCAUGAGGUACCCGAUCGAUAUCUCGAGUUGCUCCGGGUAAGCCGGGAAUGGGCGUUGCUGCAGGCGAAGAAACAGUUCGGGUACGGGCCACAGUGGCGGGGGGCUCCGGGAAACGGUGACCUCGCUCACUUUUGCCCGGCGUGUCCGCAGCCCGGAGUGAACAUACCCGCGGACUGGGAGGUGGAUGAUAGGAAGUACCUAUAUGCCCGAGGAUAUGUCAUGGAUGGGAACUUCCACGCCGAGCAAAUGAAAAUGCGCAAGCCCGAGAACGACGUACCGUUGAUGCCGGGGAAAAUGUUCAUGGUUCAUCCCGGCCCAUACGAGGAGCACCUGAAAGUAGCGAAGGACGUGAAGAUGCACUCAAGCUGCAACGACCACAAGGCGGUCUCCCAGGCCAACGCCGACCGGCAUAAGCUGGCUGUCACCGGGAUCGGCGCAACAUCUUGUUUGAGGCACGGGUGCUUCCUUCCGCACUCGGUAGUGAACUAUCAGAAGGGUGAACGUCAGAUGAACAUGGACUACUCCCUUUCCAACGCCCUGGGCUAUCGGUCAAGGGGAUUGGGCACGUUUACCUCUCGCCUCUCACUGAUCUUCGGAGAGAACACCGGGCUGACAAUUGAUAGUGGCAUCGCUGAGAAGGAAAAUCAAAGCGAACCGCCCACUGCUGGCGGAGAUGAAGGCCGACCUGACCGCGAAGGAGGCCAGUGUCGAUGCCGAAGUUCUGGGAGCGUGGAGGAGGGAACUGAGGAUAGUACAACGGAAAAGGCUUCGGGAUGUCAAGUGCCAUCCCGGCUCGAGCUUCAAAUAAAGCUGGCGGAAGAGGAGGGAGAGGGCGAGGAUCGCGUCGGGACAGCGGACUGGAUCGCAGAUGGCCUCAAGCUUGAGGAGCAACAACUCGGAAUCCAGAAGGACGUGAAGAAAAUGGGGGCCAUCGUUACUCGGCCGCAGGAGCUGAAACUGGCGAAACGGAGGAAGACUCUUGAGAUCCAAAUCCGGCGUUUCCACAGGCGAGCGGCUGCCAUUCACCGAAGGCAUAACUGGGGCAUCGCAGAGCAGGAUGCAGUGGAAGACGAUUCGGGGAUGAAUGGGAGGAGGACCGCAACGACGACAGCCCAUGGCGCCUCUUUUCAAGUCUACCACCAGCUCCGUACCCGUCAAAGGGUCCGAGCAUACCAAACUCGGCCUACCGUCCAAUUUAUCCCGGAAUGCACUUGCUGCAAAUGGGUUGCAACGAUUGGCGGCACAUGA